AGGUGAUUUCGUAACUAAUGAAAAUAAAGAUACAGUAGUUGUUUAAUAACUCGGGUACAUCUUCCCUUAGAAUCCUAUCACCAAACGGGCCUAAUACUCGGAGAUGCGAUUGGAGGUUCUAGUCAGAUGGUAUUUUUUUAUAACGAUCCUCCAACUGCAUAUCUCGGUUGUAAUUUAGGCGCCUAGUAAGAGACCUGUCAAGUAUCGCUGAGUAAAAUCCUUUUGCCAGAAGGCCAUCUAAAAUAAAAAUACCAAAAAUGACUCUGAAACCGGUCUUCAAGUGUAAGGGAGUGAUCUGCAUUGAGAUCACUGUCUAAAAUAAUGGAGGAAAAAUUAGAGGAAGAUCAUAAUUUAAUUUCAAGCAGUCAUUAUCCCAAAGAUGCAGUUAAGAAGCGACAGAACUCUAGCCAUGGUUCUCGAGGAAGUACGUCUUCUAGGUCUUCCAGGAAAAGCUUCAGACUAGACUACAGAAUUCAGGAAGAUGUUACAAAGUCUCAGAAGACUAAAGAUGGAAGAUUUGUUAAUCCGUGGCCAACCUGGAAACCACCAACCUUCUGCAAUGUUUUGAAGUGGGCAGUCAUGGAAAAAAAUAACAGCAAUGUUCCAAGUUCAAAAGAGGAGCUUGACAGGCAGCUGCCCAUAGUGGAACCCUUCUUCGUUCAGAAAUCAGAGGAUGUUGGACAGUCUGGCAACAGCAUGCGAGUUACAUGGUUGGGACAUGCUUCUGUCAUGGUGGAAAUGGAUGAAAUUAUAAUACUAACAGAUCCCAUCUUCAGCCAACGUGCCUCGCCAGUAGGUGGCUUGGGCCCCAAACGUUUCCGUGGACCGCCAUGCACUGUAGCCCAGCUUCCUAAAAUAGAUGCAGUAUUAAUUAGUCACACCCAUUAUGACCAUUUAGACUACAGCACUGUGGUCAGCUUGAAUGAACGGUUUGGGAGUGAGCUGAGGUGGUUUGUACCCUUGGGGCUCAUGGACUGGAUGCAGAAAUAUGGUUGUGAGAAUGUAAUUGAAUUGGACUGGUGGGAGGAAAACUGUGUCCCUGGACAUGAUGAAACCACAUUUGUAUUUACUCCUUCCCAGCACUGGUGCAAACGGACUGCUGGAGAUGACAAUAAAGUACUGUGGGGCAGCUGGUCUGUCCUAGGACCAUGGAACAGGUUUUUCUUUGCAGGAGAUACAGGUUACUGCUCAGGAUUUGAGGAAAUAGGGAAAAGGUUUGGACCUUUUGACCUUGCUGCCAUUCCAAUCGGUGCUUAUGAACCAAGGUGGUUUAUGAAAUACCAGCAUGUUGAUCCUGAAGAAGCAGUGAGGAUCCAUAUUGAUGUGCAGGCGAAGAAAUCAGUGGGAAUUCACUGGGGUACCUUUGCUUUAGCUAAUGAGCAUUACCUGGAUCCUCCAGAGAAGCUGAAGGAUGCACGCGAGAGAUACGGGCUAAAACCUGAAGAUUUCUUUGUCCUAAAUCAUGGAGAAUCCAAGGUUUUGAACAGCGAUGAAGGUUUUGAAUAACUAGUUCAAAGGACUGCAUCACAAGUCUUUGAAGAAUGUUAAAGAACGGUGGCUAAUGUUUUACAUUUCCUGCACAUUUUAUGACUAACAUAUAAAGUACUGGUAUCUUAAAUUAGUGCUUUGACUACUGUACAUACCCAGCACAAACUUAUUUUAACUUUGUUGCUAAUCCUUUUUUUUAUUGAAGGAAGUGUGUACCCAUUUCUUUCCUUAUGCUCUCUGAAAGUACUGACCCGUUUGUUAACUCUGACCAUUACCAAAGCUGUACACAUUUAUAAGAGCAUUUAAAGAAACAGUGAAUGAUCCAGUUGUGUUGAUGCAGAGGGUGGAGCUGUAACUACAGUUCUGGUGACCCAGUUUUAAAUAGCAGACCAAGUGAUAGGGGAGCCAGCCAGGGGUAGAAUAAAGCAGCCACUGGAGUACUGUGUCAUCUCAGAGGGAAGUUUUUUUGAUUAGGCUUCGUAUUGCUGUUUUCCUGAAUGGGUUAUGAAGCAAUAAUGACUGUAACUUGACAGAGUCUUUGGUUGGACCUGCCACCACUGCAGCCCUGUGUGUAUGUGUCCCUACCCUUGUGUACAGUUCUGCACUUAUUAGGGAUGCAUGGCUGCAUUUGCUCGUUGGGGACAGGGAGGAGAAAGGGGUAAUGUCACACCCUUCCACACAUCUUCCUGGCUGUAGAAUUUGGCCUUCAUUGUACCACAGCAAACCAUUUUAGGAUACCCAGUACUAGUGUGAGGGUGGAGCUAUUUCUACACAUUUAAUGCAGUAGCAAGUAGGUGGUAGAUAAUCAAUACUGGAUGGUGCCUGGGGUGAAAUCAAUUGAUGAAAAAUUGUAACCACACUGCAAAGAACACUACCUUGCUUACAGACUUUUCUUGUACAUAUUUUGACUUUUGCAACUCACCACAUACACCAUCCUCAUUAUCCUGAUUAACUUUUUUUUCCCAUUAUACAUAGGGUCAGAGUGCUGCAUCAGUUGUUGCUACCUCUCUUGGUUCAGUGCCACUCUCAUACCUUCUUCAAAAUUCAUGCUUGGCCGUCACAGGUCUUCUCUCACACAGUCUAUCCAUCUCAUAACUGGACAUUCUUAUCUCCUCUUGACAAAUCUGCCUUACCAAAUCAUCUUCUGCUUUCUUGUAUGUGUGACUGAACUACCACAUUCUGUUCUUCUUGACCUUCUCUAUGUUUGGGACAUAUUUGGCUUCAGCUCUGAUGUCUUCAUUUCUUCACCUGUCCCAUAGUGUUCAUCCUAAUGCUAAUCUCUGAGACUUCCAUUUCCAUCUCCAUAAACUGUCUUCAGUGCCAUGGUUAAUGUGCCAUACAAAAUCACUAGUUGCACCACUGUCCUGUGCUCCUUACUUUUCAACCUGUUUGGCAUUCUUCUAUCAUAUACUGUCUCUUACAAAUUGUGCCAUUUGACUGCAGCACCUCUGAUUCCAGCUUUGGCCUUCUCAUUCAGAGUUCCUUUCUCCUAAAUCUUAUCUCCAAUGUUCUUAAAGCUGUUAGUCUGUUCCAGUAUUUUCCAUAUGUUUCAAUGUUUAGCAAAUCGGUAAUCUGCCAGAAAGGGUGUAAAGGAUCCAUGGCUAGCUUUAGGCAUAGGCCAACUAGGUGACCACCUAUGGCGCUGCUCUAGGAGGGAUGCUUUUCCAGUAUCUAUUUGUUUAUUUUUAUAGUAAAGAAAUGGCUUCUUUAACAUGUGUUAAAUAAAUACAGGAAAAACUGAAGACUAAGACAAACUGUGAGAAGAAUUAAAAAAAAGAAGCAGUCAGGUUGGUGUAGGUAGACCAGGAUGGUCGCACUGGGUGGUAUGGGGGACACUAUGGGACCCUUUUGCCUAGGGCUCCAGCUGACCAAAGGCCUACCCUGACAGGAUCCCACACUGGAUUGUGGUAUGUUUGCAGGUUCUAUUGACAGCUAAUCAUUUCAGCUACAUUGUUCCCAAAGGCUUUUCAGUGCAUCUUAGCCAAGUUAAAUCUCCACCACAGGAAAAAAUUAAAAAAAAAAGCUUUUUUUUUUUUUACCCCUUUUCUUGAAAUUCUACACAUUGCUAACCUGUAUUCAUCAUAAAAUAGUCGCUACAAAUUUUCUUGUGUUUGUAACCGUCAGUGUCCUUCUGCGGCAGACUUCCCAAUCAGAGCUUGCUUUCUGCUAAAGCUAAAUCUUCCCCAUAGUGCAGUGUGAUGGUGCAGUUGUUGAGGUUAUAACACCCAUGGCUUGACUGUCACCUCUCAUUUCCAUUUACUUAGAAUGUAAGAACAGAGAAGUGCUAAUUUUGAGAGGCCUCAGUACUAGUAUCCCUUAUUGUUCUGCAAUGCCUCUUACAAAUGUUUUUCCUACUGAUGUGUUGUUACACAUUCUCUGACAAAAGCAUCCAGAAAUAUCAACUCAUUGCUGAAAUAACAGACCUUUUUGGCAGAUACUGCUUUUGUGUGCUUCAAUUCCUUCCCAUGUUAUUUCUCCCAUUUCCCUCCCUCAGCAAGUCACAGUAUCACAUUUCCUGCCCUGGAAGGUUUAGAUAAUUAGUCGCCUAUGUAUUACAGUAGACAUCAGACAGAACUGUCUGCAUGGUGUGCUAGUAAAAGUGUUCCCUCCAUGUCUGUUCUUAUUCUUGUCAUCUGACUAACACUUUCACAGUAAAUAAUGGUACAGAAUGCUUGUAUCAGUCCUUAACAUGCAGGAGUCUAAGUAUUCCAGAAACCGUGUUCUGCUCUGUUUAUUAGAAUUCAUAUAUAUUUUUUUUAUUUUUUCUCCAUAAUGGUCCUUUAAAUUAAACCAACCAAACUUGACAUGCAUUUCCUUUUUAUUCAGAUCUCACCAGAAUGCUUCAGCAAUAUUUGAUUUGAGAAUGUAAAUCAGUAUUUCCGUAUAACACAUUAUUACUUUAGCUCUUCAUAGAUAGUUAAGUAAAGUUCUAAACAAGAAAAAGAAAAGCAAUUGCUUAAAGGGUAGGAACCCUGGAGAAUUUGUGCAUAGAAAGAUUUUGCAAAAAAUGUACCUUUGAUGUACCUUCAAGCACUAGGGUAGAGGCAAGGUGGCCUUCUACGUCUCUGGAAGUUUAGAUUUGGGAAGAGACCCAAUGGACUAGAAAGAUCAGAUGGGACACCAGGAUGAAGCAGCCAUUGUCCAGUUCUUCUAUGCCAGAAGAAAGGUGUCAUUACCACAUGUGUGGCAUACUUGAGGUUAAAAGAAACUAUGCAGGCUUCAGUAUUUUAGGAGGAGAAAUGAUGAGAAGUGACAGCAUAUGUUGUGCAUGACAUGUUAAUAUGUAUAUCAUUCAGACUGUUGUCAUUGCAUGUGUCUUCCUCUGUUAAUGAUCCUGAUGACCAUUGUGAAAUGAAGAGUGUUCAUUAUUAGAUCACUCUUGUAGUAACCUAAGGUAUGUGGGACAUAUCUUGGCAUGGAUCGCAUGUCCAUCCAACAUCCAAAGCUUUUGGGUACCUUCUAAACACCUCUACAUCCAAGGAGGCAUGAGGACGUGCUGGUAUAAAAGCAGAUGUAUGGGCCCCAAAAUUCAGAACUUUCUUCCCGUUGAAGCAACCAGUCAGACUUUUGUGGAAUUUUCUUCCAUGUUUCUCUGAAAAUCGAUAUUGUUUUUUGCUUUUGUCUGAGAGAAAAGGGAAGUGCCUUUGUGUACAUAAAAUCCUAUUCAGAGACUUCCACAUAGCUUGUCUUUUCUGCUUAGGAGAGAAAUAUGGCAUCUGGCUUUUCUGUAUAGGUUUACCAUUUAAAACUAAAACCAUAAGGAGUUGUCUUAGUUUCCUCAAAGUGUAUGUAGAAAAACUAUGCCCUAAAGCUGUCACUCGGCCUUCUAUGGUUUCUAAUGUCAGUACCUUGGAUGAGCCCUUUCUGGUCCCCAAGAAGAAAAAAGCUGUGAGAGAGGGUCCAGCAAUGCCUUAUUUAACAUCUUGUACUCCUUUGCCCAUGAAGAACGACUCCAUUGUGGUAUUAUCAGAACCCUUGGACCAUUUGUGUGCUUCUUCUGACCCUUCUGAUGCCCUUCAAGAAGCCACCAGGGAACCUUCAGACAGUUUUUGUGCUUCUUCCAGCGCUUCUAAUGCUGGUCCUUGAGAAGCCAGUAAGGGAUGAGAGUCUAGCACAUCCUCCAGAGCCAGACAUACACUCACUGUGGACAAAGGAGAACCUUUCUUGGACAGAUUGGAAGAAGCUGACAGCAUCCCACAGUUUUCAGUUCAGGAAGAGUUGUCUGGCAUCCAGGAGGAGGCUAGGACAUACGAGUCUAUUCAGAUUAUGUCUUCAGAAUCUCCUGUGAAAAAGAUUCAGAAAGUGAAACACCUUUCCACUCCCUCUACCCCUACUUUGAAAGAAUCUAAAAAAAAAAUUAUUCUCUUUUUGUAAAGGUCUUUUUAAGGCAUUUCACUGGCUUCAGACUGCAUCUCCAGCCUCUCCAUUUAAAAUGAAACAGAUCUUCAUUUCGUUCUGAUGCUGACGUUGAAGAGGUUGGAUUAGAUUAUGCUUCCAAGAUGUGUCCGCCUGAAAAUCUGGAAUCAGAAUCUAAAUAUAUCAUUAAUUCAGAUUCUCCUGUGGACAAAAUGUCUUUUUCUGAUACUGUUGGAAGGAUGAAAGACUUGUUUAAAUGUUAGGGAAGUAUCUGAGACAAAAGUUUAAAUGGGAGGGAAGUAUCUGAGACAGAAGAGGCACAACUUCCUGUUAUAUCAGAUAGCAACCCUGAAACCAUUUGUUUUACCUCCAGUUAUUUGGGCACCAGAGGAUUCAUUUAAUACUGUCAGCAGUUCUCCUGACAGACUGACACCUACUCCUAGGAAACCAGAUAUACUCUACAAGGUACCCAAGUCUCAUAAGUACUUUUUCUAUACUCUAGAACUGACCCUUCUGUUAUCCUUCUUAUCAAAAAACAGUGGAUCUUAACAUGUGGCUGCAUCCAGUCUAGUAAUCUCUGACAAGAAUGGCACAGCAUUUGACAGAUUCAAAAAAAGUUUACAGCUCUUCAACCGUAACCUUUAGAACUCUCAGCUGUCAGGCACAUAUGUCCAAAUUCUUCUUGGCAUAAUUUGCUGACAUGAGGAAAAUUAUUAUAGUUUUACCUGCUUCAGAAUAUAAGUCCUCGUUACGUUCUAUGCUUUCCUCAAUUACACAAGUUACCAGACAUUUCUUGAGAUGAUCCUACAAUUCUGUAGUAACUGGAUCAGUAAUGUUUGGGUAUGCGUGGCUAGAAUCUCAGUGUUUGACAGAAUAUGGAAAAUCUGACAUUCUCAAUGCUGCCCUUGUUAAAGUGGUUUUAGUUUGUACUUCAUCUGGUGAUGUUCAUUUGAGAUUUGCUGAAAGGGGGGAAAUUGAUCCAAGUGCGAAAGCAAAAUUUUCAGUCCUCUUUACCUAAAUACAUCAGAAAUUUCUCUUUCAGCCCCGUAAACAUUUUAUAUGAAAUGUUUUAAACAAUCUCAACAAAAGUCAACAAAGUAACCAUUCAAAAAGUAAUGACAGAACUAACAAAAGGGAGGGACAACACAGGCCCAAUCUCAGUCCAAAAAAGUGACUACCUUUGCCCCCUUCUCAACCCAUCCCCUCCCUACCCUGGCAACUAUGUAAACUUUUCAAGGAACCUUUCCCUACAUCUCACUUGGUGUUACUAGGUUACAACAUAUUACAGGGCACAGGAAUAAUUCAAAAUGGUUACAGAUGGCAACAGGAAUGUUUCCGUCCAGCCUAGGAAUUUUCCCCAUUCUCAGAAUCAAACCCACCUCUUUCUUCCCAUCAUUGCUUAUAUGCUAUCCCCAGGAGUAAUAGAACUUGUGCCAGAGAAUCACAAAGGAAAACACUCCUAUUCGAGAAUAUUUCUAGUGUCCAAAGGAGAGAACCUGGAGACCUGUUUUAGACCUGUCUUUCUUAAAUUUCCAUGUCAGAGUCCUAAAGUUCAAAAUGCUCACCUAAAGUCUCUCGUCUUCUGAUUCUUCUUUUAAGUUUCUUGGUAAGUCUGAAUCUAAAAGAUGCAUAUCAUCAAUAAUAGUCAUUCACAGAUGUUUCAGAUGUUUUUUAAGAUGUUCUGUUCACAUUUUCAGCUCUCUUAUUUACCCUUUGGUUUGUCCACAGUAUCAGGAGGUUGUUCACAAAGUGUCUUGUACCAGUGAUAACUUUUUGAUGGUUACAGUACAUCUACAUCUUUUCCUAUUUGGAUGACUGCCUUAUUUUUGCAGACUCUGUUUAAGACUGUCAAGACUCUGUCCUCUUUGCCAGAAAUCUAUUUCAGAAUCUAGGUUUUGAACUCAGUCUUUGGAGAUGUCAACCCUCACUCCUUCCCACAGAAUAACUUUUCUAGGAUGCCUGCUAGACACUUCACAAAUUGUAGUAUUCAUGCCAGAGGAAAAAGUAACAUUUUACCAAGAACGGCUUUGUAGGUUUUCUCUAUAGUCCUUAACUAAAGCAAGGGAAUUCCUCAGGAUUUUGGGAUACAUGACUUCUACGGUUCUCAUGAUCCCUCUUACCAGACUACACAAAGAUUCAGUGGUUUACCAAAUUAGUCUUGACCUAGCACCAGCACCUACCUGCACCUUCUGUCUUUUCAAAUUCCUAAUCAUUUAUCAAAAAGGAACUUCAGUGGUACAAAGACCAACUGCUUUCAAAUGUGGGUCUUCCAGUUUCCCCCUCAGCCCAUUUGUAUUCUGUAUUAUAUCUACAGAUGCCUCCGACCUUGCCAGGGGGGGGGGGGGCUGUAUCCAAGGGUUUCAAAGUACAAGGUCUUUGGUACCAUUGUUUCAGAAGGACAAACAUAAACAUCAAAGAAAUUAUGGUAUUAGUAAAUGCACUGAAACCCUGACCAUUUGUGAAUGGUACUAGCUGUCAUUUAAUGGGCGAGGGGAUGUACAAAAAAAAAGCUGUGCACACACAAGUGCAAGGCAUCAUGGGAUAUAUGACAGUCCUGUAAUAGUUAAUCAUUUCAGGUCAAAGUGACAUCUUUAGUUACCUGAAUGAUUUUUGUACAGCAUUUCAAACUUAAAGUAAAGUAGAAAAUUUGUUUGGUGUGUUCACACACUAACUAAUUGGACUUGGAGCAUAAACUGUUGUUCUCAUAGUGGCAUAUUACACAUUAGGUUCAUGGAGUCAGCUUCAGAGUAAUUUUUUGAGUAGAAAGCAAAUGAAAAGAAUCUAAAUCUGUUGCUGUAAAAGCAGAUACCUCAUGCAGUGCACACCCUGGUGUCAGCAGGUGCAGAAAACAGAAUAUCUGUAGCCGUGGAAUAUAUACUAAUAGUGGCAAUAUAGUGUCUAUAACAAACUGUAUAUUUUUCUAUUUCUUUCUGGUACUUCAUAAACUGCAGUGGCCAAGCACUGAAAUUUUACUGACAUUAGACAUGGUCUGAUAUUUGAGCUGUACUAAGAUCCAGAGUACACGGAUAGUAAGUAGUACAAAGUACACCAUGUCAAAUUGUUUGACAAGCAUAGAAUAUUUUAGAUGUUUGUGCAAAUAUAGAUGUAUUCACAGCUGCAAUAUUUUGUUUAAAAUAUACUUGUUAAGAAAUUAGUAUGCUUUUGGCAACAGAUGGGUAAAUUCUCUUUCCUGUUUGCAUAGUGAAAAAUAAUGAUUUGGCGGUACACAUUCCUUUUGACAUUCAGAUGUGAAACCUUGGGGUACAAUAGGGUCUUCCAGCACAAGCUAUGUAUAUUGCACAAUUUUUUUUCCUGAAAUGAAUAUUUUAAUAAUGGCAUGUUUUAAGAUUGUCAUGAAUCUUUUGGUACCUUUAAUACAAGUACAUUUUAGGUUGAUUUGUAAAAAUACAUAUGAAUCAAAAGGGUACGGAAGUUGUGAUCUGAGAUGGCCUUAUGAAAUGUGCCUUUAAAAAGAUAGCAUAGCUAGGAUUUUACCAUAAUUCUCAGUACAAGUAUUACACUGCUGGUCAGGACUUCUCCACAUUUGGUUGGGAGAUUAUCAGUGGAUGCUGCAUUCUUCACACAAAUGUUUACCUAAUGCUUUAAAACAGCUUGUUUUGCUGCAGUGUUUCUUUGCAUGACAAAGGAUGCAAUGGAAAAUUCUUGUUUUAUUCUCUCCUGUGUAAUUAUUCAUCAAAGCAUGUGACCUAUUUUAGGUUCAUGUUAUUAAAAAGCUAAUAUUUUUAA